UAGACUCCGGCUUUAUGUGUUCUAAAUGCAGUAAGGGGGACUAUCCCAGAUGCCUUAAUUGUAGCCUUUGCUCGACGGGCACCUACAGCAGCCGUGAUAGAGCGAAUACAAAUUGCUUGAGGUGCCCUGCAGGAGGCUUUUACCAAGACGAAAUGGGCCAAAUUGACUGUAAGACCUGCUCCAUUGGCACUUAUGUUCCUGAGAUUAACUACCCUGGAAAAUCCGCGACUGACUGUCGUGCAUGCCCUUACGGUACUAACACUGAUGAAAUCGCUGGUUACCGUGCAUGUCGAUGCCUCCAUAAAUUCUACCGCUUGGAUCGUUUUGGCCCAUGCAAAUCGUGUCCAUAUCAUGGAAUGAACUGUGAGAAUGAUACGGCAAUAUUAGCACCAAAUUACUUUUGGAAAUGGAAAAGCUCCGAAAAAAUGGAAUCUUACACAAGUUUCGUCCAAAACAUCCACAUUACCACAGCUGAGUAUAAUAAAACCUUCUCCACUUUUGAGGGACUGUUGCCAAAGUCUCUGAAGUGCCCUUAUCCAGACUCAUGUAAGGGCGGAAUAAACUCAACGUGCAACACUGGCUACCAGGGUACCCUCUGUGCAACAUGUUCCUCGUACCAUUAUCUUAGAUUCAACAGAUGUUUAAAAUGUCCCAAGUUGGUGGUCACAGUCAUUUCUUGUGGUCUGAUACUUUUGUUCUUUGUCCUGCUGUUUGUGAUUGUUUUCAAGUGCGACUCAAGACGAACAGGAGACAAUCGUUUUGUUGCAGAUGUCGUUAUGUCCUGCAUUAAGAUCAUUAUUGGAUUUUAUCAAGUUCUUGCUGGUAUUUUUUCAGCUUUGCUGCAUGUACAGUGGCCAAUGGUUAUUUUAUCUGCGGCGAAAUGCUUGAAAUUUGUUGAAGGAAAUAUUUUACAGUUCGCACCUCUGAGUUGCAUUCACCCUGUGCUCCGCUUGGAUCCAUUUAUUCAAUUUGUCCUCGCUGUUACUAUAAACGUCUUUGCUGUCUCUUUAAUACUGCUUUACCUCUUCUUUAAAAUGCUUCUCCUUAACAGGAUGGAGAAUUCCACGGAAGAAAACAAUUCCAAUUGUAUAGCAGGAAACACCUUACAAAGAAUAGAGGAUACCACAGCAGAAAAUGCCUUAUAUGGAAUUGAGAAUUCCACGCUAGAGAGUGCUUCGGCGUGCUCAAGGGGGGAAUCCAAACGGGAAAAAAUCUCAAAGUUGAAGAAGUCUUGCUAUCGAAACAUCUUUUUAUUUCUCUUGUUGUCUUAUCCAAUAACAAGUAAGAAGAUUAUAAACAUUCUGUCCCUGCCAGGAGCGUGUGUCAAGAAGUGUUUCUUAAAUGAUGACAGCGAUUGUAUUUCUCUACUGAAGGCCGACUAUUCCAUUCGCUGUUCUACCUCUCGACACACUGACUUUUGGCACAUCGCUGCUGGGUUUGCACUGUAUCCCAUCGCCUUCCCAAUUCUGCUGUUGGCACUCCUUUGGAAAUGUCGAAAAUACCCGCAAAAACACAAACAAUUUAACUUUGGCUUGAGAGUGUUUUAUGAGAACUAUGAGGACAAGUAUUGGUUCUGGGAGAUAGUUGAGAUGUAUCGGAAGCUGAUCUUUAUUUCAGUCAUUCUUCUGUUCGACUCCGAAAGCGAUUCUCAAAUUGGCUUUGCUGUGAUCGCAGCAAGUGCAUCAGGAAUUGUAUACACCAUCUUUCGACCGAUGAAAGACAAGUUUGAAGAUCGACUACAAACAUUUGUGCUGUGGGUAAUAUUCUUUAAUGUCUUUCUUGGUGCAGUUUAUUCACGGCCCGCCUUGAACGAGGGGCAUGGAGAUAACAAUUCGUUAUUUGUAAAUGUGAUGUUUUUGAUUCUCAACUGUGCCGUGUUGGUUGUGGCAGUUGGAAAGGGUCUUCUUCAUUUAAUACAUGGCUGUCGACGCAAAAGAGACCCAGAUUAUGAAGUCCUGGAGCCAAACUUGGGGUACGAAGACCAUAUUGCAGAGUAA